GGGGGCACGUUGACAUUUUGAGGUUGCUUCCUAGUGAUGAAAACGUUCUAGGGCAACCACAGGUGGGUUCUGGGGAGACAGGGGAGCAGGGCCUUGGAGGGCAAUUCCUGGGACCCAGGCUGUGUUAUAAUAUUGCCUUGUGAUUUCAGCUUUGGUCCUCACGGCUGCCCUACUGCCCAGAGGAGUAAACAAGACAUAGGUGUAUAGCCACGACUAGUCACCUAGGCAGAUAACCUGGGAGCAGAGUGGUCCAGGGUGCCCCCCACCCUCUCACCUGGAGAAGCGUGUCACCUCCCUCUCCUGAGUCCCAUUGCUGAUGAAAUCAGGGUGCAUCUGUGCCAGGGUUGGGGCAUGCUGGGGAGGGAGAUGGGAAAGACUGCGUAGAGCCCUUAACCCCCCCCACCAGGCCUCACCUUCACCCUCAGCCAGUUGGGCACACUGCAGCCUGCUGGGUUAGGAGGGUGCUGACCAGCCUGGCCUGAGGGAGCGCAACCCUCGGCCUGCCUCAGUCCUGUGUGGGUCCUACUGCGUGCCAGGGAGUGGUGAGCAGGCACAGCAUGUGCUGGCUGUGCUGGGCCCCCUCCCAGUCCCCGUGGCCUUGAAAAGACCCUGCUGGGAGGCCAAUGCCCCUCUCAGCCAAGGAGGACCCCCGAGCGGCGGUGGGGCACCUGAGCCCAGGAAGGCGAGCAGGCCGGCGGGACCGCGAGUGCCUGGCGGAGUGGCACGUGCAGCCCAGGACUCCCGGCUCCCACCUCCUGCUUCCGGGACCAAGGCUUGUGUUCAAUCGGGUGAAUGGCCGGCGGCCCCCUGCCACAUCUCCAUCCCUUGAGGGAACCCAAGAGACCUAUACGCUGGCCCAUGAGGAGAACGUCCGAUUUGUGUCUGAAGCUUGGCAGCAAGUGGAACAGCAGCUGGGUAGUGGCCCAACUGGCGAUAGUGGGCCCAGACCUGUGCAGUACGUGGAGAAGACCCCCAGCCCCCGGCUGCAGAACUUUGUGCCCAUUGACCUGGACGAGUGGUGGGCACAGCAGUUCCUGGCCAGAAUCACUAACUGCUCCUAGCUGCCUUGGAAGGAAUGCUGCCCCAGGGCCCAGCCCUGCCCCCUGCCAGGAGAGGACCACGGAGCCCUAUUUAGCUGCCGAGGCAGGCCAUCCUUCACCCUGAGUCUGGCCAGGAGCCGGCCACACCUGAAGUGCCAGCAUUUGGACUCUUGCACCUGCUGACCCCUUGGACCAGCUGUCCUAUGCUGCCAGGGGCCAGAAGCUGAAUCUGUCUGACCUCAAUCCUGCUCACUGUGCCCAGGGACCAGCCCCUGGGGCUGGCAGGGAGGAGCUCCACACUAAUAAAGUUGAGAAACUGCC